AUGAAAAUUAAUUCUUUACAAUAUGAUUGUUUAAAUUAUCAUAUAUAUUAUGAAAAACCAGCUUAUCAAGAAUUAUUGGAUGUAGUUGAUGAAGUCAUUCCAUAUUGUUUUCGUCCAGAAAAUUAUCACGAACGAUUGUUUGAAAAUUCUGUCGAUCUGUCUUCUCAAAAACUAAGUUUCGAACAAUUACGUUUACGCAGUAUCACUUCAUUACAACUUCUAUCUUGGUCAAUUUCGAUUGAUAUUGCUCAACGUUAUGAAUUCUAUUUAAGUGUGUCAGAUGCUUCACUGAAUGAAGAAUUCUAUAAUUGUACCGAACCGUGGUUUGGUUCCCGAUGUCAAUAUUCAUUUGGAUUUCAUGAACAGAUUUCUUUCAAUCAGAUUGUUGAAGCAACGUUUCGUAGAAGAGUAUCAUACUUCGAAUCAUUCGAUACGAUAAUCCAAGUACCCUGCUAUGUACUUUUGAAAUGUCAUCGUAAUGGACAACCUUGGUGUCUUGAUUGGCGUGAAGUAUGCAAUGGAAUCGUUGAUUGUUUUGAUGAAGGUUCUGAUGAAGAGAAUUGCUUUGAUAUGGAAAUCAAUGUAUGCGAAGAAAAUGAAUAUCGAUGUCAUAAUGGAUUAUGUAUAUCAGGCGAACUUUGGGAGGAUGGUAUCGGUGAUGCCGAUUGUCUUGAUCGAUCAGAUGAAAUAUUAGAUCUCAUGUAUAAAGAUUUUUGCUUUCAAGAUCCGACAUUUCAUUGUGAAGAGCAUUCUUGUAGACCAGAUGGAGGUGCAUUUGCUUGUGGUGAUGGUCAAUGUGUCAGAACACUUUCUAUGUGUGAGAACAGUCGUCAUUUAUUACUAAUAGAAUCCAUGAAAAGCAAAGGUAAUCUAAAAGAUGAAUGUUGGAUUACUAUGGUCUGUCUUACUGAACUAGACACAGAAGUUGAUGGAAAUUCAUGCGAAAUAUGGCUAAUGAAUAUUUCAAUUGUUGCAAUUCAUGAAGAAUGCGAUUCGUUUUUCCAAUUUCCAACCGUACCAAUUCAUGCUCCUCAUAUUCGUUUUUUCUAUGAAAAUUUUCAUUUGAAUAGAAGUGUAGAUGAAUUCUUUUUUCCUGAUUAUAUUUGCUAUGAUCAACAAUUAUGUCAUCAUAUGAUACCAGAUCUAAUUCGUGAAAAUUUGACUUGUCUAGAUGUUUCUGAAUUAAAAUUGAGAAUGACUUAUAUCAUGGAAUCUUGGAUUGAAAUAAUAGAAGCAACUGAACAACAUUUUCGUCCAUGUUUAAUUUAUCAUGUUAGUUAUGAAAACAAAACAAAAGAUUCUACAAUUUAUUCAUCAUUAUAUCAAUGUCAAAACUCAUUGAAAGUUAUCUCUUCAAGUCGUAUCAGGGAUAGACAAAUAGAUUGUUUUCAAUUAGAUGAUGAGACGUAUGAACAUAGCUGUCAACUUAAUGAUAAAUAUCGCGUAAGAUGUGGUGAAACUAAUACAUGUUGGUCUCCUAUAUUGAAAAACGGAGUUUGUCUAUUACAUGGUGAAUAUGGAGUCGUUUCAUUUGAUCGUUUUUGUAAUGGUGUCAAAGAAUACUCUUAUAAUGAUCAUGAUGGUAUAAAAUAUGAUGAUGAAGAAGGAUGUGAAAUAUGGUUAUGUAAUAAUAUGUAU